AUGGGCAGGGUGUACUACUUUAACCACAGCACGAAUGCGAGUCAGUGGGAGCGGCUGAGCGGGGUUGGCGGUGCAGCGGUGGACAAGGUGCGCUGCUCUCACCUGCUGGUCAAACACAACCAAUCACGCAGACCGUCGUCAUGGAGACAGGAGAACAUCACACGCACCAAAGAAGAAGCUGUGCAGCUCAUACACAGGUAUAUAGAACAGAUAAAGUCUGGUGAGGAAGACUUCGAGACGUUGGCAUCUCAGUUCAGUGACUGCAGCUCCGCACGCAACGGAGGAGACCUUGGCCUGUUCGGCAAGGGUCAGAUACAGAAGCCGUUUGAAGACGCCUCAUUUGCGCUGAAGAUCGGAGACAUGAGCGGUCCGGUGUUCACUGACUCCGGUGUUCACAUCAUCCUGCGUACAGGAUAAAUCUCAUCCCUCCCUCCCUCCCUCCCUCCCUCCCUCCCUCCCUCCAUCCAUCAGUCCGUCUGUGUCUUUUAUUCCAUUAUACAGAAAAGUCCAUGGACUUCAAUCCAACACACACCACACAAUCACUUUCAAACUGUUUACAAUAAAACACCUGUAAUAAAAUAAAGAGUAGAAUAAAAGUGUCUGCACUGAACAGGCCUGAUAUCAGACUUCAUAUUUCAUCAAAGCCCUGAUUCUUUUUCCUGCUGUGUCUCUCAUUACCUUCAUCCUGGACACGAUGUCGAACCUGCAGCGAUGGAUAAUGACCAAUAAAAUGAUCACAUGAUGAAUACAGGUUUGUCAUGAUGAGUUUAACACGUAAUAAUAAUAAUAGUAGUAGUAAUCUGUGAGUUAAGAUUUGCUCCUGUACUGUAAAAAUACACAACACACUCGCUGAAGAUGUGAAUAUUAGUGCAUUUAAUCUCAACCUUAAAGGAACCUUAAAUUUAGUUGUAUAUUUAAGUUCCUUUAUUCAACUUUUUAAAUUCAUUAAAUGGGCCAUUCUCAGAAAAUGUGACAAGUAACAGUAAAGACAUUUCAAAAAUGU